GCUCAGAUUUUCUUAGCGGUAGGAUGGGGCGACGUGGACAUCAUUUCCCAGCUAUCAACACUACGGCCGCUUGAGAAGAAGAAGUGGAAGUGAGCCAGGCAGUUCAACCAGCCAGUGCCUGCCUGCCUCAGUGAGCACAAGCUGCGGGAGCACUGAGAGGCGCGGAAAGGUGUCCGAGCUGUCAAAAAACUGGAUUAUUACAGUCGCUGACGCCUGGAUGUCACCCCCCGGCCCGGUGGAGAGGAGAACCGCAGUCAUGUUGUCUUAGCUGGCCCAGAGAAAGCUAAAUACCCGAGCACAGCCGAGGUGCUCCCUUGUGUGCCAAACAUGUCGGACAAAAUGUCCAGUUUCCUACACAUUGGGGACAUCUGCUCCCUGUAUGCAGAGGGAUCAACCAAUGGUUUCAUCAGCACCCUAGGCCUGGUGGAUGACCGCUGCGUCGUCCAACCUGAUGCUGGGGACCUCAACAAUCCGCCGAAGAAGUUCAGAGACUGUCUGUUUAGACUGUGUCCCAUGAACCGCUACUCAGCCCAGAAGCAGUUCUGGAAAGCGGCGAAACCUGGAGGGAACACCGAGUCAGUGCUGCUUAACAAGUUGCAUAGUGCAGCUGACUUGGAGAAGAAACAGAACGACUCUGAAAACAAAAAGCUUCUUGGAACAGUGAUUCAGUAUGGAAAUGUCAUUCAGCUCCUCCACCUGAAGAGCAACAAGUAUCUGACUGUGAACAAACGACUGCCGGCACUGCUGGAGAAAAAUGCCAUGAGGGUGAUGCUGGACACUGCUGGAAAUGAGGGUUCCUGGUUCUACAUACAGCCCUUCUACAAACUUCGCUCCAUUGGGGACAGUGUGGUGAUCGGGGACAAAGUGGUCCUGAACCCAGUGAAUGCUGGUCAGCCGCUUCAUGCCAGCACACACCAGCUCGUGGAUAAUCCAGGAUGCAAUGAGGUGAAUUCAGUCAACUGUAACACCAGCUGGAAGAUUGUCUUGUUUAUGAAAUGGAGCGACAAUCAAGAUGCCAUUCUUAAAGGGGGUGAUGUGGUACGACUGUUUCAUGCAGAGCAAGAGAAAUUCCUUACAUGUGACGAUCACAGAAAAAAACAAUAUGUGUUUCUACGCACUACGGGACGGCAGUCAGCUACCUCGGCAACCAGCAGCAAAGCCCUAUGGGAGAUCGAAGUUGUACAGCAUGAUCCGUGCCGAGGGGGCGCAGGGUACUGGAACAGCCUGUUUAGGUUCAAACACUUGGCCACUGGACACUACCUGGCUGCAGAGCUGAACCCAGAUUAUGAAGAGGAGUGCCUGGACUCACGCUCUUCACUUGACUCAGAGCAAGAAGCUAUGAGAGCCCGUUCGAGAAAUGUCCAGGACAAAGUCAUGUACACACUUGUGUCUGUUCCUGAUGGAAAUGACAUCUCUUCCAUAUUUGAGCUCGACCCUACCACUUUAAGGGGGGGAGACUCACUAGUUCCCAGAAACUCGUAUGUACGCCUCAGACACUUGUGCACCAACACGUGGGUUCACAGCACCAACCAACCAAUCGACAAGGAGGAGGAAAAGCCUGUCAUGCUGCGUAUUGGAACUUCUGCACUCAAAGAAGACAAAGAGGCUUUUGCCAUUGUGCCCGUCUCCCCAGCUGAAGUGAGAGACCUUGACUUUGCCAACGAUGCCAGUAAAGUGCUGGCUUCUAUUGCUGGGAAGCUGGAAAAAGGCACAAUCACACAGAAUGAGAGGAGAGCCGUUACCAAGCUUCUGGAGGAUUUGGUGUUCUUUGUGGUGGAUAUUCCCAACAAUGGACAGGACGUUCUGGAGAUCAUGGUUAACAAACCCAACAGAGAACGACAGAAGUUAAUGAGAGAACAGAAUAUUCUCAAACAGAUCUUCAAGCUCCUGCAGGCCCCUUUUACAGAUAGCGGCGAUGGGCCCAUGCUGCGGCUGGAGGAGCUGGCUGACCAGCGUCAUGCCCCCUUCAGACACAUCUGCCGCCUAUGUUACAGAGUUUUGCGUCACUCGCAGCAGGACUACCGCAAGAACCAGGAGUAUAUAGCCAAACAGUUUCGCUUCAUGCAGAAACAGAUUGGUUAUGAUGUCCUGGCAGAGGACACAAUCACAGCUCUGCUCCAUAACAACCGCAAGCUCCUGGAGAAACACAUUACCGCUGCAGAGAUCGACACGUUUGUUAGCCUGGUGCGCAAGAACCGUGAGCCCAGGUUCUUGGACUACCUGUCAGACUUGUGUGUGUCAAUGAAUAAGUCCAUCCCUGUGACACAGGAGCUCAUCUGUAAUGCAGUGCUGGAUCCAGCUAACGCAGACAUCCUCAUAGAAACGAAACUGGUUCUUUCGAGAUUUGAGAUUGAAGGAGCAUCACUCGGGGAGAACUCUGUGGAAUCAGAGGAAGAUGAGGAGGAAGUGUGGUUGUUCUGGAAAGACAACACUAAAGAGAUCCGCAGUAAAAGCAUCCGGGAGCUUGCUCAGGAUGCCAAGGAGGGUCAGAAGGAUGACCAGGAGGUGAUCAGUUACUACAGGUACCAGCUAAACCUGUUUGCCAGAAUGUGUUUGGACCGUCAGUAUCUGGCAAUCAACAAGAUCUCUGGCCAGCUGGAUGUGGACCUGAUCUUGCGGUGUAUGUCAGAUGAAGACCUGCCGUAUGACCUACGAGCCUCUUUCUGUCGAAUGAUGCUGCACAUGCAUGUGGAUCGUGACCCUCAGGAGCAGGUUACGCCAGUCAAAUAUGCACGGCUGUGGUCUGAGAUCCCUUCAGAGAUUGCUAUUGACGACUAUGACAAUGAUGGAACAUCUAAAGAUGAAAUUAAGGAGCGAUUCUCACAAACGAUGGAAUUUGUUGAAAACUACCUAAGAGAUGUGGUGUCUCAGAGCUUCCCUUUUGCAGAUAAAGAGAAGAACAAACUCACCUUUGAGGUGGUGAAUCUGGCCAGGAACCUGAUUUAUUUUGGCUUCUACACCUUCAGCGACUUAUUGAGACUAACCAAGAUCCUCCUGGCUAUUCUAGACUGUGUCCAUGUCAGCACCAUUUUUGCUUUCAACAAGCUGGACAAAGGAGAUGACAGUAAAGGCAGUAACGUGAUGAGGUCAAUUCAUGGCGUUGGUGAGCUGAUGUCCCAAGUAGUGCUCAGAGGGGGGGGUUUCCUUCCCGCAUCUUCAACCAGGGCCCCCAAUGGUGACGCAGUCAAGACCCAGACUGAACCAGAGAAACAGGACAUAUUGGUCAUGGACACCAAGCUCAAGAUCAUCGAGAUCCUGCAGUUCAUCCUGAAUGUUCGCCUGGACUACAGGAUCUCCUGUCUGCUAUCGAUCUUUAAGAGGGAGUUUGAUGAGAGUAAUUCCCAAAAUGACAUAUCUUUAGCUGGAGCAGUCGAAGGACCAAACAACAUGCCAGGGGCUCUGGAUUUUGAGCACAUAGAAGAGCAGGCAGAGGGGAUAUUUGGUGGAAGUGAAGAGAACACCCCUCUGGACCUGGAUGAUCAGGGUGGCCGAACCUUUUUGAGGGUCUUGCUCCAUUUAACCAUGCAUGACUAUCCUCCUCUGGUGUCUCGAGCCCUGCAUCUGCUGUUCAGGCACUUCAGCCAAAGGCAGGAGGUCUUGCAGGCAUUUAAGCAGGUCCAGUUGCUCGUCACCAGCCAAGAUGUGGAAAAUUACAAGCAAAUAAAGUCAGACCUGGACCAGCUGCGCUCCAUCGUCGAGAAGUCUGAGCUCUGGGUGUAUAAGAGGCUGGGGCCAGACGAGGGCAUGGAUGUAGUAGACGUGCUCGCCGCUGAGCCAGAACAUAAAAAGGGUGACUCAGGGGGCAUAGACAAACCAAAGAAAGCAGAAAGCACAAGCAGUUACAACUACAGGGUGGUGAAGGAGAUCCUGCUGCGUCUCAGCAGGUUGUGUGUCCAAGAAGGUCUGUCAGGUAGAAAAAGCAAGAAGCAGCAACAGAGACUGCUGAGGAACAUGGGGGCUCAUGCUGUGGUUCUUGAGCUCUUACAGAUCCCUUAUGAGAAGGGAGAAGACUUGCGCAUGCAGGAUAUUAUGAAGCUAGCCCAUCAGUUUCUACAGAAUUUCUGUGCAGGAAAUCAGCAGAACCAGGCGCUGCUACACAAGCACAUCAAUCUUUUCCUCAACCCAGGGAUCUUGGAGGCCAUCACCAUGCAGCAUAUCUUCAUGAACAACUUCCAGCUAUGCAGUGAAAUAAAUGAGCGUGUGGUUCAGCACUUUGUCCACUGCAUUGAAACACAUGGCCGCAACGUCCAAUACCUGAAAUUCUUACAGACUAUUGUCAAGGCAGAGAACAAGUUCAUCAAAAAGUGCCAAGACAUUGUCAUGGCAGAGCUGGUGAAUGCUGGUGAAGAUGUCCUGGUCUUCUAUAAUGACCGUGCCUCCUUCCAGACUCUGGUCCAGAUGAUGCGAUCAGAGAGGGAUCGCAUGGAUGAGAACAGUCCUCUAAUGUACCACAUACACCUGGUGGAGCUCUUGGCUGUGUGCACUGAGGGCAAGAACGUCUACACAGAGAUAAAGUGUAAUUCGCUCUUGCCACUGGAUGACAUAGUGCGGGUGGUGACCCAUGAAGACUGUAUCCCUGAGGUAAAGAUUGCUUAUAUCAACUUUCUCAACCACUGCUAUGUGGACACUGAGGUUGAAAUGAAGGAGAUCUACACCUCCAACCACAUGUGGAAACUCUUUGAGAACUUCCUAGUUGACAUUUGCAGAGUGUGCAACAACACAAGUGACCGUAAGCAUGCAGACACUAUUCUUGAACGCUAUGUGACAGAGACAGUCAUGGGCAUUGUGACCACCUUCUUCAGCUCACCUUUUUCUGACCAGAGCACCAGCCUGCAGACCAGGCAACCAGUUUUUGUGCAGCUGCUGCAGGCUGUCUUCAGGGCCUAUCACUGCAACUGGUUGAUGCCAGUGCAGAAGGGCCAUGUUGAGAGCUGUAUCAAAGUGCUCUCUGAUGUUGCCAAAGGCAGAGCAAUAGCCAUACCUGUGGACCUGGACAACCAGGUGAACAACCUGUUUGUGAAAUCCAAUAACAUCGUUCAGAAGACAGCCAUGAGCUGGAGGCUUACAGCUCGCAACGCUGCACGCAGAGACUCUAUAGUGACCGCGUCAAGGGAUUACAGGAAUAUCAUAGAGAGGCUGCAGGACAUCGUGUCCGCUCUCGAAGACCGUCUUCGUCCACUGGUCCAGGCUGAGUUGUCAGUUCUGGUGGAUGUGCUGCAUCGGCCUGAGCUGCUCUUCCCUGAGAACACAGACUCGCGCAAGAAGUGCGAGAGCGGAGGAUUUAUAUGCAAGCUGAUCAAACAUACCAAGCAGCUGCUGGAGGAAAAUGAGGAGAGACUGUGCAUUAAAGUUUUGCAAACGCUUCGGGAGAUGAUGACUAAGGACAGAGGUUAUGGAGAGAAGCUCAGGGCCUUUGAUGAUGAGAUGGAUAUGCCUAAGCAGCUGGAUAACAACCAGCCUGAGAAGUUGGUGGAGGACCAAAAGAGGGGCGAGGCGCUGAGACAGAUUCUGGUGAAUCGUUACUAUGGCAACUUCCAUAGGAGUGGUGGGCGGAGGGACAGCCUGACGUCAUUUAGCAAUGGCCCCCUCGGUCAGGUUGGACCGGGCAAAAGCCAAUCAGGUGGAUUAGGGGGACAUGGGGGCCUGAGUCGUGGGGAAAUGAGCCUGGCAGAGGUACAGUGUCAUCUGGACAAAGAAGGCGCCUCUGACCUGGUUAUUGACCUCAUCAUGAACACCACGAGCGACCGAGUCUUUCAAGAAAGCAUCCUCUUAGCUAUUGCGCUGCUGGAGGGUGGAAACACCACCAUCCAGCGCUCAUUCUUUUGCCGUCUGACAGAAGACAAGAAAUCAGAAAAGUUCUUCCGUGUCUUUUACGACCGCAUGAAGUCAGCCCAGCUCGAGAUCAAAGCCACGGUGACAGUAAAUACAAGCGAUCUGGGAAACAGGAAAAGAGACGAUGACAGCCAGGACAAAGAGCCCCCUGUUCGCAAAAAAGCAAAAGACCCAGCUGUGGUGAUGACAGAAGACGUGAAAGAGCAGCUAUUAGAGGCCUCAUCUGCCACAAAGAAAGCCUUUAACUCUUAUCGGCGAGAAGCUGACCCUGAGGACCACUUCACCUCAGCAGAUGGUCAGCCCAGCACGGGGGACAAGAACCAGGAUGAAGGAGAGAUGAGUUUUGUGAUUGUUAUCAUGCAGCCUAUCCUUCGCUUUCUCCAGCUACUUUGUGAGAAUCACAACCGUGACCUACAGAACUUCCUUCGUUGCCAAAACAACAAAAACAACUACAACCUUGUGUGUGAGACGCUUCAGUUUCUAGACUGUAUCUGUGGCAGCACCACAGGCGGUCUCGGUCUGCUCGGACUCUACAUCAAUGAGAAGAAUGUUGCUCUCAUCAACCAAACACUGGAGAGUCUAACAGAGUACUGCCAAGGCCCUUGCCAUGAAAACCAGAAUUGCAUUGCCACUCAUGAGUCCAAUGGCAUUGAUAUCAUUAUUGCCCUGAUUCUUAAUGACAUUAACCCACUUGGGAAGAAGCGGAUGGACCUGGUUUUAGAGCUCAAGAACAAUGCAUCUAAGCUGCUGCUCGCCAUCAUGGAAAGCCGUCAUGACAGUGAGAAUGCUGAGAGGAUCUUGUACAAUAUGAGGCCUAAAGAGCUGGUGGAAGUGAUAAAGAAAGCCUAUCUGCAGGGGGAGGUUGAGUUUGAAAACUCAAAGGAGGAGGAGGAUAAUGGAGAAGAAGAGGAACAUGAUGCUGCUUCACCCCGAAAUGUUGGACACAACAUCUAUAUCUUAGCUCACCAGUUGGCACGUCAUAAUAAAGAGCUGUCCAUGAUGUUAAAGCCAGGAGUGUCUAGUGGAGAGGGGGAUGAGGCCUUGGAGUUCUAUGCCAAACACACUGCUCAGAUAGAGAUUGUGCGUCAGGACCGCACCAUGGAGGAGAUAGUUUUCCCUGUACCCAACAUCUGUGAGUUCCUAACUUCAGAGUCAAAGCUCCGGGUGUACUACACCACAGAGAGAGAUGAGCAAGGCAGCAAGAUCAAUGACUUCUUCCUUCGAGCAGAGGACCUCUUUAAUGAGAUGAACUGGCAGAAGAAACUCAGAGCCCAGCCGGUGCUGUACUGGUGCUCAAGAAACAUGUCGGUGUGGAGUGGCAUCUCCUUCAAGCUGGCUGUGCUCAUGAAUCUCCUGGUCUGCUUCUUCUACCCCCUCGAAGGGGUACAUGGAGGUAUCCUGGAUCCCCAUUUAUCUGCCCUUUUGUGGAUGGGAGUCUUGGCAGCGCUGAUCAUUGUUAUCAUCAUGCCACAACCACUGGGCAUCGGUGCCUUGGUCACUGUCACAAUCCUCCGUCUCAUCUUCUCUGUGGGCCUGGAGCCCACGCUCUUCCUUCUGGGUGCUUUCAAUGUUUGUAAUAAGAUAAUCUUCCUGAUAAGUUUUGUUGGCAAUCGAGGAACCUUCACGCGAGGCUACAAAGCCAUGGUGAUGGACUUUGAGUUCCUCUACCACCUCAUCUACCUCAUCAUCUGCUGUUUGGGGGUGUUUGGCCAUGUUUUUUUCUACAGUCUUUUGCUGUUUGACCUGGUAUACAGAGAGGAGACCUUGCUGAAUGUGAUCAAGAGUGUGACUCGUAAUGGACGCUCCAUCGUGCUGACCGCUGUGCUCGCCCUCAUUUUGGUCUACUUGUUCUCCAUCGUGGGUUACAUAUUUUUCAAGGAUGACUUCAUCCUGGAGGUGGACCAUAUCCCCAACACAACUAUGAAAAGUGGAGGUAGUUUGGCAAGCGAGUUCCUGUCUGCAGCAGUGUGUCAUGGUGGUACUGAUGAAAACUGCACUACAGAUGCCCUCCAGGAAGAUUUGGGGAAUGACAUUGAGGAGGACGGCAACAUGGAACGGACGUGCGACUCUUUACUUAUGUGCAUUGUUACUGUGCUGAGUCAUGGGUUGAGGAGUGGAGGGGGAGUGGGGGAUGUUCUUCGCAAGCCUUCCAAAGAGGAGCCACUGUUUGCGGCAAGAGUGAUAUACGACCUGCUGUUCUUCUUCAUGGUCAUCAUCAUUGUCCUGAACCUUAUUUUUGGUGUAAUCAUUGACACCUUUGCUGACUUGAGGAGUGAAAAACAGAAGAAAGAGGAAAUCCUGAAGACCUCGUGUUUUAUCUGCGGUCUGGAGCGUGACAAGUUUGACAACAAGACGGUGACCUUUGAGGAGCACAUUAAAGAGGAGCACAACAUGUGGCACUAUCUGUUCUUUAUCGUCCUGGUAAAAGUUAAAGAUUCCACUGAAUACACCGGCCCGGAAAGCUACGUGGCUCAGAUGAUCAAGGAGCACAACCUGGACUGGUUCCCUCGGAUGCGUGCCAUGUCACUGGUGAGCAGUGAUUCGGAGGGGGAGCAGAAUGAAAUCAGGAACCUGCAAGAGAAGCUGGAGUCAACCAUGAAGCUGGUGACAAACCUGUCUGCGCAGCUGACUGAGCUCAAAGAACAGAUGACAGAACAGAGGAAGCAGAAACAACGAAUUGGACUUCUUGGUCACCCUCCUCACAUGAAUAUCAAUCCCCAGCAGCCUGCCUGAGGGGCCUUGGGGCCAUUUUCACCAGUGCCUGAGCACCCAUAACAGUGUACAACAUGUUAGCCAGGAGAAUGCCAAAACAUGUCCAUCUCCAGUAUCUAUUUAGGUCAAUGUAUGGCUGUAUUUUCCAAAACACUCCCUUAGAUGUGAGUAAAAGUUAUCUUGGUGUGUAGUAUAGAUGUGUCAGUGUGGGUGGAGUGUGCACAAUGUGCCUCAGGACCUGAGAAGCCAGUCCUGUAAGUUUCUGUCUUCAGCUUUACUACCCUGAAUGCCUUCUGCAUCGGAUCUAUCAGGCAGCAUGCCAAAGUUUAGCCAUUGUUCCUGAGGGAAUAUUCCUCUCAAGUGGCCUUGUAAUGAGGAUUUCAUCCUCUGUGUUGCACCAGCAAACUCAGGUCACAUGUGGAUUUGAAGUUUUGUUUGACCCCUACAACACAAUAUUUAAUAUUUUGCUUUCAUCAGAUGGCAAUAAGAAUACUAUUUAAUAUGCAAUGACUAAUUAAGAACUAACUAGUUUUGAGAAUUUUGUUUGCUUUUUUUUUAUUUAAAAUGAUUUAUCAUGUAUUUAAAAUAUAAGACAAAGCUGUAAACAACACUGAAGAGGUCACCAAGCUUUUCCAAAGCAUAUAAAGAUGUUAUUAAAUCUGUAAUCGUUUGUUUCUUUGUUUUUUAAGUCGAGAGAAAGCAUUUGAUACUACUUUCAGAAUUCUUUGUAAUCUCAAACUAAGGUCCUCCUUGUUCCAGGGCAGUUUAUAUAAGAAAAACAAUCGUUGGGAAUACAUUGUAACUUUUUUUGAAGAUAAAUAAUUCUGACCCGUUACAACUUUCAGAAAUAUUUUUUGUAUAAUGAACAUUAUGGACUUCCUAGAGAGCUGAAGCGGUCCUGCGAUUGCUUCACCCUGACACUGGGUCCAUGAUGUAUUUAACAAUGUGAUUUAUAUGGGAUCUCAUUAAAACCACAGAUCCAAACAUAAAAGAUUUUUGGGAACAACAUUAUCUUAAUAUCCUUGAUGUCUGCACUGACUUACUUAAUCUUCGUUUAACGCGUUUAGAUUGAAGCACUGAUAUUUUCUGUAGCACAGAAGCAAUCGUUGCUAUUUGUUUGGUCACUUUGUAAAGAAUACAAAGACUGUGUUCAUGUUAAUGUGAAGAAAGAAAAAACUACUAGAUUGAAUUUGGAGUGCUGUUAAACCAAACUCAACUUUUAUACUUACUGAUGGAUUCUGUCUGAACUGUACAUUGCAUUCUUGGAGUCUAUUUAAAUAAAUAAGUGUGUUGAAUACGGUUGCUGAAAACAAUGUCUGCAUCUACAAAUGUGACACAAAAGGAAGUGAAGAUCUGGUAAUUCCCUAAGUCACAGCCAUGCACUUUGAUACUGCAGUGAGCAUGAAAAAAAUGCAGCAUGCAGAAGUCAUAAUCGGGAAUUGCCGGCAGAUUAUCUCUUAUCCGAAGUCCUCUAAAAAUGAGGAAGUGCACUUCUUCGAUUAUCAUGCAGCAUGGGGAAAUGUCUGCGCGUACAUGGGUUGC